AUGAAAUUGGAAACAAUCACACAAUCUUAUAAAGAUGUUCGUUUACCAGAAAAACCAAUCAAUUUAAUCAAAGAUUUAACAUGUAAAUGGCUAUGUCAAGAUAUGAGACCGUUUUCAAUUGUAGAAGAUAUCGGGUUAGAAAACUUAAUACAAGAAUUCAUCAAUAUAGAUAAUCAUAUUUUAAUUAUGUUUUUGUGUACUCAAAAAGUGAGUACACUACUAGAAUCGAUCAGUAUGUCCGGCCGGACGGCCGUCCGUCCGUUUAUCCGAUAACUCUCGAAAACUACAGG